AUGGAGAAUACAAAUGGCACAACAGUGAUAUAUUUCAUUCUUCUAGGGCUCUUUAACCAUACAAAGCUCCAUCAAUUUCUCUUUGCUGUGGUGCUCAUGAUCUUCAUCAUCUCACUGAUGGGCAAUGCCAUUAUGAUUUUCCUCAUCCACAUGGACCCUCGACUCCACACGCCCAUGUACUUCCUGCUUAGUCAGCUUUCUCUCAUGGACAUGAUGUUGGUCUCCACCACUGUUCCCAAAAUGGCAGCAAACUACCUGACAAACACUCAGUCCAUCUCUCCCACUGGCUGUGGAGCCCAGAUCUUCCUGUUUCUUACUCUGGGAGGGGGUGAGUGCUUCCUCUUAGCAGCCAUGUCCUAUGACCGCUAUGUGGCCAUAUGUCACCCACUGCGCUACCCCAUUCUCAUGAGUCAGAAGCUCUGCUUGCUCAUGACAGCAGGUUCUUGGCUCUUAGGAGGAAUUGAUGGGCUAAUGCAAGCUGGUGCCACUUUAAGUUUCCCUUAUUGCCACUCACUGGAAAUCAAUCAUUUCUUUUGUGAGGCACCAACACUGGUGCGUCUUGCCUGUGCUGACACCACAUUGUUUGAGUUUUUCAUGUAUGUCUGCUGCAUUCUCAUGCUUUUGAUCCCUUUAUCUCUUAUUUUGGCUUCAUAUAGCCUAAUCCUAGCUGCAGUUCUCCACAUGAAAUCAUCUGCAGCCCGGAAGAAAGCCUUUACAACCUGCUCCUCUCAUCUGGCAGUUGUGGGACUCUUUUAUGGCACCCUCAUGUUCAUUUACAUGAGGCCCAAAUCAUACCGUUCAGUGGACCAUGAUAAGGUGAUUUCAGCUUUUUAUACCAUCUUCACACCUGUCUUGAACCCCAUUAUAUACAGUGUGAGGAAUAAAGAAGUCAAAGGGGCCUUUAAGAGGUGGUUGGAAAAGCAUUUUAUUUAG